AUGAGUGCCAUGAAGGGAAAGCUUAAAGGAAUGAGAACAAAGUUUCUCAAGCUUUUUCAAAAAGAAAAAGAUGGGGAAACGUUAACCUUGGAUAGAGGAAUGUUUGACAUGUUUUACCACCCAUCCACAAACGAAAACUCCUUGUCAGAAUCAUUGAAAUGCAGGUUAUUGCCCAGUUCAAACUUUGAUUCAGAAGAUAUUAAUGGUUUCAGCUCGCCCAUGAGUGCUGAUUUUCACACCUCACCCGAAAAUAAAGCAUUCUUUGAACCUCAAACUGAAAACGACUCACUUGUAUACCAACAAAACCAGCACGAUUUAAGCACCUACACGAUGGACCAGUUAUGUUCCAUGAUCGAUGAUGACAUCCUUGAAAUCCAAUGUCUGAGUUCAAAAGAGUCGCAGCUGUCCCAAAGAUUUCUUUCAAAUUCUAGUUUAUCGACAAUUACUCAGAUACAAAAUGUCAAGUUCAAUCACAAUUGGGGCACCCUUUAUAAUGUCAAUGAAUAUCCCUCUGACCUGAAGCAGUGGUCAUUCUACAAGACAAGGGCAUCGCCUGCUGAUACAAGACCACCAAAAUUGGUUAAGGUUAUCAAAAGCAAAAAUCAGUACUGA